AUGGCCCCUAAAACAUGGCUCGUCACAGGUGCCUCGUCAGGCUUGGGCACCGCUAUCGCCGAGGUUGCCCUCCGCGCAGGAAAUAAAGUCAUUGCAACAGCACGCAAUCCUACAAAAGCAGCCAAGGAGAACCCACAGAUCGAAGAAUUAGGAGGUACAUGGCUCGAGCUUGAUGUGACGAACAAAGGAACACCAAAGAAAGUGGAAGAUGGAAUCAGACAAUCCGGUGGCGCAAUUGAUGUGGUCGUUAAUAAUGCGGGGUACUCAUUACUCGGCGGCAUUGAAGACAUGAGCGAGGAAGAGAUCGAGAACCAGUUCAGCACAAAUGUUUAUGGCCCCGUUAGAGUAUUGAAGGGUGUUUUGCCUUUCAUGCGGGCGCAGCGAUCGGGGACGAUUGUCAAUGUGAGCAGCAUCGCUGGUAUGGACGGACUACCAUCUGGUGCAAUGUAUGCGGGGUCUAAGUUUGCCCUCGAAGGUAUGUCUGAGAGUCUCUCGCGAGAACUAGCACCGUUUGGCAUCCGAGUCAUCAUCGUUGAGCCCGGUCAAUUCCGAACCAAAUUCCUGUCAGCCUUCGUCGAGCCGGCCGCUGGAUUAAACAAGGAUUAUGUUGGAACUCCCCUCGAUACGACACUCAAUGUGUUUAGAACACGAGACGGAAAACAGGCCGGCGACCCUGUCAAAGCUGCCCAGCGGAUUUUGGAAGUCAUUACGGGCACGGGAAUUGGCACAGGCAAGGAGAAUUUACUGCGACUUCCUCUUGGCCCUGAUUGCUACCAACGCUUCCAGACGAAAAUUGACUCUCUACAAGAGAAUCUGACGCAGGCAAAGGAUAUUGCGCAUUCCACUAAUAUUUGA